AGUCUGAGAAAAAAUUCAUUCGGAUUCAGAACGUUUUUCCAUCGCGUUCCGUGGAAAUAGUAUUGUGAAGGUGAAAUAAAUAUAAAAUUGCAGUACCAUAUACUGCCUUAUCAUAUCUGAUAUUGAUAAAAACAAAUCCUAAACUUAAAGUAGCUAAGAAGUUUAUUUGAAAGAAUAACUUCAAUCUCAAGGGAAAAACAAUUCAAUAAUAAUUAACAAUGCCUGGAGAAACGGGAGCCAAGUCUCCGACACCACAAGUCGAAACACCGACAAAGAAGAAAUCAACCUCAGCGGGACGUGCUGCUUUAGCCAAAGUCAGUCUUCUCGAUGGAUCAACUCUCGAUGUGACAAUUGAUCGUAGAGCUCGUGGUCGUGAUUUACUCAAUUCUGUAUGUGCUGGUCUUAAUAUUCUUGAAAAAGAUUAUUUUGGUUUGCACAUCGAAACGCCACAAGAUCCUCGCAUUUGGCUUGAUCUUGAACGUCCACUUACGAAAUAUUUUAAAUCUGAUCCAUGGAUUGUGGAUUUUGCUGUAAAGUUUUAUCCACCAGAACCAGCUCAGUUGCAUGAAGACAUCACUCGUUAUCAACUUUGUCUACAAGUACGAAAUGACAUCUUAGAAGGACGUCUGCCAUGUUCAUUCGUCACACACGCUUUGUUGGGCUCAUAUUUGGUGCAAUCUGAACUUGGAGAUUAUGAUCCGAAUGAAAUGCGCGAUAGAAGCUACUUGAAGGACUUCAAAAUCGCUCCAAAUCAAACACCGGAAUUGGAAGAUAAAGUUGUUGAAUUGCAUAAGACGCACAAAGGUCAAACGCCAGCUGAAGCUGAACUUCAUUACUUGGAGAAUGCUAAAAAGUUGGCAAUGUAUGGAGUCGAUUUGCAUCCUGCUAAAGACUCGGAAGGCGUUGAUAUCAUGCUUGGCGUUUGUGCUUCUGGUCUGCUUGUUUAUCGCGAUAAACUGCGCAUCAAUCGCUUUGCUUGGCCGAAGAUUUUGAAAAUUUCCUACAAGCGCAAUAAUUUUUAUAUUAAAAUACGACCGGGAGAGUUCGAACAGUACGAAGCCACAAUUGGCUUCAAGUUAGCAAACCACCGAGCUGCAAAGAAAUUGUGGAAAUCAUGUGUUGAACAUCACACAUUCUUCCGAUUAAUGACACCGGAACCAGCAACAAAAACGUCAUUGUUCCCACGUUUCGGCUCAAAAUAUCGUUAUUCGGGACGAACUCACUACGAAACGAAGAAAAUGCCAGUGGAUCGUGAACAGCCGAGAUUCGAAAGAAGCUUAACUGGCAAGAGAAUCUCAAGUCGUAGUAUGGAUGCAUUAGCAUUGAAAGAUGAUCCGAAAGACAAGGAAAAUAAACGACAUACAAUGUCACAUCCGCCAGAUCAUAUCCCAGAAUUAGAUUCACCACGUCAAUCACGCAGUCCAAUCAAGAAGGAUAAGAAAGAGAGGCUGAAGCGUGAAUCGAGCACAGGAACGGCUUCAGCAUCAUCUCAGAGCUCAUUAGAAGGAGAAUAUGAGACGUCUGGAUCUGUUGCCAAUGAUCAGGUUAAACCGCCCGGUGGUGUUGCCGUGUUGCCAACGAAAGAUAAAGAUAAGAAGGAAAAGGAAGCAAAAGGAAAGGAUGAAGUCGUUAACGGUAAACAAGACAAAGAUCCUAAUGAAUUAUUGAAUAAGUCGAAAGAUGAUGAAAAAGCUUCGGGUGAACCGGAAGAGAAGGGAGGAUUGUUUAAACGCAGUUUCUUCGGGUCUGGAAGAAAAUCUCAAUCACCAGCAAAGGAGAAAGUAAAGAAAGAAAAGGAAAAGACGCCACCGAAAGAGAAGGAAAGUCUUGUUGCUGCUCCAUUAGAAGUUGGAGAUAGCAGCAAUAAGAGAGGAAAGGACAAGUCACAACCAGCUGGUGUCACGAAACCAUACGAAUAUGAAGAAGGCGAUCCGAACUUGAGUCCAUCUAAAAAACAUGCUGUCAAAGGAUUCCGUUACGAUGAAGAUCCAGCUCAAUUACGUGACAAGGAUGAUUCAGCUAAAUUGAGUCCAACAUCUGAAUCAAAACGUGCAACUGGAUUAGCAUUCAACUAUGCACCUGGCGAGAAUGUUGCAGAAACAGCUGAAAAAUUGAAGCAUGGCGAAUUGUCGCCAAGAACUCGCGACAAGAUUCAACGCGGUGAAUUGUCGCCAAAAUCUCGCGAUAAACUUUUGAAAGAAGGAAAUUUGUCGCCAAAAACUCGCGCUAAGCUUGUUGGUGGUGUUCUUGCUAAAGACGAUGACAAAGGCUCAAAAUAUGUCCCAACAAAGAGUUAUUCACCAGCAGAAGCUGCUAAAGCUCCAUCAGGAAGUGACGGUAAAUAUCGUUCACUUACUGACGAUCCCAACACGCGAUUCCUUCAAGGAGAAAAAUACGAUCCAAAUUUGUCUUUCGUUCCAUCUGAGUUGAAGACCGGAGUUGCAGCAGCAGAUGAGAAGCCAAAAUCAAAAGUUAAAGUCAAGAUUAUGGUGAUUGUUGGCAAACUUGAUCCGAAAACGAAGAAAGUUGACGCAUCGAAUGGUGAAGUUGAGCAUUCAAUUGGCAUUUUGGAUAAGGAAACUGGAAAGAUUGAAUCGAAAUAUGGCGUCAUUGAUCCGAAAGCUGGAACUCUCACAACUGACGAUGGAAAAGGUGGAAAAAUUACACACAAAGGCGCUGUUGAUCCCAAGACCGGUCACGUUCAAAUUGUCGAUGGUGUUUUGGAUCCGAAAACAAAAUCAGUCAACCCUGAACUUGGUCAAGUCAUCAGUGUUGUUGAAGAAAAGAAUCCAAUUGUUGAGAUCACAACAAUCACCGGAAAAGUUGAUGGAAAUGGAAAAGUUGACACUGUCAAUGGUGACAUUGAAAGAUCUCGCGGUAUUUUGGAUAUUGACAAUGGAAUUCUUGAAACUAAGCACGGCUUCAUUAAUCUUAAAACUGGUGAAGUUAAAUCAACUGAUGGAAAAGGAAAACCUGUCACGAAACAAGCUAAAAUUGAUCCUGCUAAUGAUUUAAUAACCAUUGUUGGAGUUCAAGAUCCAAAAUCUGGUAAAGUUGACAACACGCAAGGUCAUUUGAUUGCUGUUGGUAAUGAAGUUGAUCCACUUGUCGAAGUUGUUUCCGUUGUUGGAAAGUUGGAUAAGAAAGGAAAUUUGGAUCCGAAGACAACAGUUUUGGAAAAUUCAAGCGGUCAAUUUGACACACAAACUGGAAAGAUCAACACAAAGUUCGGUCAGUUGGAUUUAGUUAAGAGUACCAUCACAUUUACUGAUCCCAAGACAGGAAAAUCUGAGACAAAAGAUGUCAAGAUUGAUCCAGCGACUGGACAGGUCAUUCUUAAGAAUCAAGUCAAUCCAAAAACAGGCAAACAAGACAAGGACUUUGGACGCAUCAUCAGCUUACGAAUUGUUCAAAAUAAAGUCGAUGAUGCAACUGGAAAAUCUUUACCAGUUCAAGAUAACAAAGAUGUUCGUUUUGAUCCGAAAACAAAUCAGAUUUGGGUUGCUGGUGACAAGAAUCCUAAGACCGGUGAACAAAUCUUUACAUCAUCACAAGUCGAUCCUAAGACCGGUUACGUCAUCACAAUUUAUGGAUAUUUGAAUCCAAAAACGAACGAAAUUGAAAAACAAUUGAAAAUUGAUCCGAACUUGGUUAAAGUUGAUGAAGCAAGUGGACAAAUUUACACAUCAACAGGUGAAACUGACGCGUCAGGCGAGCCACUUUAUGCUGUUUCGGAAAUCAAUCGUGACAAUGGUGAAGUGUACACAAAAUUGGCUAAAGUUGACAAGAAAACCGGACGUUUGGUGAUUGUUCGUGUGUUGAUGAUGUCGAAACGUGACGAACGCGGAAAGCCUCAAGAUCUUGACCUCAAGACCGUUGAAUUUGAUGACAAGACCGGAAAGAUUCUCAAUGUUGUUACAAACACAAUUUACGUUUAUAAAAUGGUCGACCCAAUAACUGGUGAAGUUGUUCAAGUUGAUCCAAAUGAUCCAAGAAUUUCCGGCGCAAGAACAACAGUCACGCAAACAUUGACAUUGACAGGCGAAAUUGAUCCAGUGACGGGACGAAUUAAGACAGAAUAUGGACACAUCGAUCCAAAUACUGGAGAAAUCGAUCCAGCAACUGCUGUUAAAGAUCCCGUGACUGGCAAACUCAUCUUGAACUAUGCCGAUAUUGAUCCAUCACAUUUCGGAAAAAGUGUUUCAAUCACAAAGGAAACCGUUCCAAUCACCCGCGAACAAUUUUAUGAAGGCACAAGGCAUCUUGGUACACACGUUUUAAGCCAUGAUGGUGAAGACGACGAUGGAACGCCGAUUGAUGUUGAUGAAGACGCUUUGAAGAAGUCAUUGAGUGGUGGAAAGUAUAAUGGAACACCGACUGUUGUUAAGACAACAACGAAGCAAAUUAUCACACGUGGCGAUGAUGGAGUGACACAUAAUGUUGAAGAAAAAGUACAAAAUUUGGGAACUGGUGAAGUUACGUACUCGACGCAGGAGCAUAAGACCGAUGUUCCAAGUGACACAUCAGGUUCUUAUGUACAAGCGACGGCCGUCACAACACGUACAGCAACCACUCAUGAAGAUCUGACAAGGAAUGCAAAGACACAACAACUUGAAGAAAAAACUGUCGCAACAACAAAGACAAACAUUGGUGAUCGUCAAGAACAAAAAGUGAUUACACAGGAAGUUAAAACGACGGUGACCAGUGGUGAUCAGCAAUUUGAUCGAAGAGAAAGCAUUUCGUCAACAAGCUCAGGUGACUCAGGAACACCCAUUGAUGGAUUGGAAGGCGAAUAUUACACUGAUGUCAUUCAAAAUAAAUCAUUUACGGGCGUUGGUGACCAUGAAAUUAAUCAACCGAAUGUGGAACAACAGCGAAUCUAUGAUACAGCAAAUGAAGAAGAAAUUGUCUCGACACAAACAGUCAGCAGCAAAACACGUACAGUUGAGACAAUCACGUAUAAAACGGAACGUGAUGGAGUUGUUGAAACUCGAGUCGAACAGAAAAUCACAAUACAAUCCGAUGGCGAUCCAAUCGAUCACGAUAAGGCGUUAGCUGAAGCUAUUCAGGAAGCAACUGCUAUGAACCCUGACAUGACAGUGGAGAAAAUCGAAAUCCAACAGCAAACGCAAUAAAUUUGCACCUCCAUCACUCAAAUCACUUUAAAAAGAAACCUUUUUCGAUUAUUUUAAGCUUCAUUUCGCUCUUAUCAUUUUUUUUUGAAAAUAUUUUUAUGAAAAAUAUUGAAAUAGUUUUGUGGUAAAUAAGCUAAUGAUGUUUUUUAUACUGAAACUUCUAUUCGUGCAAUGACGAAUUCAACUUCAUGCGUUCUGAAUUCAUGGGAACAUUUUACAAACAUAAAUACCUUCAGUGUCAUUAAUCUGCACGCAAUCAUAGGAACUUGUUUCCCCUCUUUUUCAUUUUGAAUAUUUUUUGUUUUGUUUUUAUGAAACAUCUUAAAGCUCUUAGAAUUAAAUAAUUUGAAGUAUUAAAGUCUUUUGUUUUUAUUUUCUUAUCCAUGCUACAUGCAUCAUUAAAUUGAAGUUGAACAAUUAAACGAUAACAUUUCUUUUUUAAUUUCAAUCAAAAUAACAAGCUUUGGACCAUAAAUCCAUUUUCUUCAUGAAAACGUGUUCAAUUUCACAUCUCAAGAAAAAAGAAAGAAACAAAACUUUUUGUAACGAAAUGUAGAAUUUUCAGAAUUUCUACGAUGAAAACUUAAUGACAAGUAAAAAUAAAAAACAAAACAUCACAUUAGAUGAAAGUUUCACUACUAUAAUUACCUGAAUGUUAAAUAUUAUGCAAAGCUGAUUUGUAGUAGUCUGCAUAGUUCAGUGAAUUUUCCAUUUGAUUUCUAUAAUCAUACAGAGUUCCAUUUCCCCUCCAUUAAGCUUGUAGAAUUAUAAAUCUUUAAAAAGUUUGUGAAUUGGUGCUUCAAAUAUUUUGGACAUGAUAUCAAAAAAAAAAAGAAAUAAAAUUGAAAAAAAAAUGUAAUAAUAAAAUAUUUCGAAUCAGCUAUUGAUGGAUGACGCUUGAAAGUGUUUAAAGAGAUUCCUAUUUAAAGGAUCGCUUAAAGAUUGCAAAAGAAACUUUUUCUAUUAAACUUUAAUGUUUCGUAAUUCCGGGUUUUAAACAGAAAACAAAAGAAAAAACUAUUAAAAAGAUUAAAACUUUUAAAAACUGCCUUAUGUCACGUGAAAAAGGAUAAAAAGAACAUUUAAUGAAAAUCCAUUUACCAAAUGAAUGUGCUCUGCCGCAAAUAAAAUAUUGGAGCUUUCAGCUAAAGAUAAAUGAAGAGAACUGUUCGUACUAUUAAAAUUAUAAUUUGGAAAAAAUUUCAUUUGUAUUAAUUGAGCUUUUUCAAUGAAAAUCAAGAAUAAUUUUUGCCUGCGGGUUAGUUAGAUAUGUAUUUGCACCGAAAUAUGUGAGAUAAUAUAAAAAAAAUCAUUUCAAAUAAAUAUUUUCAGAUGCUUUUUAAAAAUCACGCGAUUACUUUUUCCUUUUUCUUAUGAUUAACUUGAUGAUGUGUAGAAUUUUUAAUUGUUAUGAAAGAAGAAAACGUUGUAAGCUUAAGAAGAAAAGAAAAUUGCAUUUUAAUUGAGUUCCCUUUUCCCUGAUCUACAUCCCCUUGAUGAGAAAAUAUUUUAAAAAAGAAUGGUUGAAGAUAAGAAAUUAAAAAUAAAAAGGAAGUGAAUAUCUAAACUAUGAAGGGUUAACAAGAACAAUAAAAAAAAUCAGUAGGAAGAGAAUAAAAUUAUAUUUUGAGAGGAUAAACUCACGCUGCUAAGUAAAAAAAAGAUGCAUGAAACAUAAUUAUUAUUGAUUAUAUUGAUUCUAUGCUUUCACAUAAUAAAAAAACAUAAAUUUUAUGUAAAAUUAAUAAA